AUGCGGCCGAGCGAUCGCAGCAUUAUUCCCCGAUCGCCAGUAUCGAGUGGCUUGCUCCCUUAUAGAUGCGGCACUGCUAGUUUGCCCAGCCCUACUAGUAGUAGAUCCUACAAAGCAAACAGAGAAAGCCACCCGCUGACGCCGGUACCUCAAGGAUUUAUUCAAGUCUUCAAAAGCAGACUUGGCAAUGUAAGGAGGAGGAGUCAUGGGAGUCAAGGGUCUCGCUCUUCAGCGGAGCCCAAGCGCCCCGCCCUUUUCACACCCCGGUCACUUGUCGGGGGGAGCUUAGCCUCGGAAUUGAUGAUUCCCUCCCAUCCUAACACAAGCUACAAGCGGGCGUCAAUGAAUCGAGCAUCAGUCACUUCACUUCAGGCCAGCCGCCAGGACAAGGAGGUCUUCGGGUCUGCCGUGCCGGGGCUCAGACUAGAGAGCUUACAAGCCACUGGUGACAACACCCAGCUUACAGGUGCUCUGACGCGGCCGGUAGCUACUUUCCCAGUCUCUGAGCGAAGACUGGAGUUUUCCGACAAGGAUGAUUUGGAGAGUGAAAUGGCAAGGUCUGAUAAGGGGCAAGCAGAGACACGUGCACCAAAGCGCGGGAAGUCAAUCAGCCAUCAGACUCGAAUGAAGGGAGGUUUCAUUGAGUUGGGGUACAUCAAUUCAAUUUGA